AUGGCGACAGAUAGCAGCAGUGGUCUCUCGUUACCACCGAAGAACGGCGAACUCCGGGAGAAAGAGGACGCCGCACUCCAGGGCGAUGACCUCCGUCUCACCGUCACGCUCGCCGAUAGAGAGCCCGUACAAAUUGAGGUAAAGAGCAGCACCGAGGUGGGCUACGUCAAGUUGCUCCUGGCGGAACGGCUUGGUGUCGAGGCUUGGCGCCUUCGGCUUUUUUACCACAAUGACGGCAAGGAAGUCACUCUGAUCGACCCGAUGAGUCUAUGCGACUUCAAGGGCAUCCGUCCGCCCACUGCUGAGCUGCAAGCUCAGGUUCUGUGA